AUGAUGUCCUCCACAAUGCCCGUGAGUGGAGAUAUUUCGGCAUUUCGUAUGGGUUCGAAUUGGGCCGAACCGGAAACUUACCGGAUAGAGAAGCCCAUCAGAGUUCGGGUCCUUCGGUUCUGCCAUAGGUGCAAAACAACUUUUGGUAGCAACACGCUGUGUGUCAUAUGUGAGCACACUAAGUGCAAAAAAUGCACGCGAACUCCUCUCAAGAAGAUCGAUAUCUCUAUUGAAUCAAAAAAAAAUUCUGCAACUGUUGGAACUAUACGCGAAUCUACAGGAGUUGGGUCUCUUUACAAUAGUCGGAGUCUUUCGUCUCAAAGUGGAUCAUCAGACUCGAGCGAAGAGGAAAGCUAG